GCAUAUUGACAAUCAGUGUCCUGGUUGGUAUCUGUGCCGGGAAGGCAAAGCAGGAAGGAGAAGCGUUUAGGGCAUUCUUCACUUCUUCCUUCAGAAUUCUGUUACAUCUUAUGCGUCUCUUUAUGUGGUGUACACCUCUAGGACUUUUGAGUCUGUUGGCUAAGACUGUCUCCAGUGCCGACAAUCAGCUUGAUGACCUAGCCAACAUUGCUAUGUACCUCGUGACAGUAACGGUGGGACAGUGCCUUGUUGUCAUGGUGAUAGUACCGGUGGUAUACGUCAUCGUUAGACGGGCCAAUCCGGUGUAUCUAUACUAUACACUUAGAGAACCAAUAAUGCUCGCAUUUGCUACGGGCAUUUAUUACAGCGCUGCUGUUAUACCGGAUACGGUUAAAAUCCUGGUGAAUGAGAUGAGAGUGGACAAACAUGUCACCCAGGUGGUCGUACCCCUAUCCACUACCAUAGGGAGAUGUGGUUCAGCCUUAUACGUGUCUGUGUCGUGCAUCUUUCUGCUUCGAACACAGACUUCAGACUCUAACGCUGAAUCUGUAGUUCUUAUUUGUCUGAUGGCUACGUUGUUAUCUACGGCAUCCCCUUCUGUUGCGGGGUCGAGUAUGUCUGUCAUCAUCCUCAUUGUGUCGAACUUCAACAUACCUUCUGACAUGGUCGGCAUACUGUUUUCGACCGACUGGAUAAUAGACCGUAUCCGUACCGCAACGAAUUACCUUGUACAAGUCCUUGGAACUAUUAUAAUCAACUCAAUAUGUGUUCAGCCCCCGCCGAAAUUCCGCCGCCCUUCCUCCGACUCAAUGGACUUAAACAGCAUUUCGAUGCGCGAUUCAGCCCUGUCAAACGCCGUCUUCCUUACCUCUGAUGGAAGAAGAUCUGGCAGCUCGUCCACGUCCAAUCUGAUUCGCCAAAUGUCUAGUGCAAGUGAUCUUAAUACCAUUCCGUUGAGGGAUGCCUCCGUGUCAAACGACACCUGCCAAACCUCUGAAGAACGCAGACCUAGUGUAAUUUUCACAGUUUAAUACAAUUUUCUUCAUGUACGUGUCUACGCCAAGUGCCAUUUGUCUUAUUUCAGCUUCAAGACGAUGUGAAACCAACUCCUUGAUGUUGUUAGUUUCUGUCAAAUAUGUUUUCUUGUGUACUUCUGGCAACGCAGGUUUUGCAUAUUCCCUGCUUGUAUUUGAGAACUCAAUUCAUAUCAAAUUUUGUUUACAUCCCAUCAACGGCUGGGAUUAGUGGUCUUCAUUUCAAAGACACAUGGAUUUAUAUAAAACUGUUCGUAUCAAUGCGAUGUCCAGCUGAAA